AUGGACGAUGAGGUCAUGCUGUGCCGUCGACUUGCAUCUGCUUCGAAUGGCGCGUUUUCCUCAAAUACUCCACUCCCACCACUUGUUGACGCCACAGGAGAAUGCGUAGAUUUAGACUGGAGGCGUGAGUUAGUGGACGGAUGUCCGACGGCAGAAGCAGAAUUGGAGUGCCACGGAGAUGCUGACGACGACGACGACGGGUCUAGAGACGACGCGCCCAGCAUCAACGCACAUCAAGUGCCCUCGGUUAUCUGGAAACCCGAGCCUUUAAUUCUUCUUCGUUCCGAGACCGAAACCGAGGUGGACGCCCACGAACGCAGAGGAAAAUACGAGCCGCUCGCGUCACCUCGCUCGCCGCGGCGGCGUCGCGGCUGCGCAGCGGCCGGAUUGAUCCCUGGACUACGUGCACCCUAUGGGGAACUGCUCCAGAACAAAGGAGCUGGUGGUCUUGAUUGUGAUAUGGAAGAUGCGACCAAGCUUGUCGAUGCAUUGGCUGGAAAGUCAUUAGAUGAAGUAAUUGAGGAAGGAAAGAGAAAGCUAUCGUCGAUGCCGUCCGUUGGCGUCAGUACAGCAGCUGCUGCUCCAAGUGCUGCAGCUGCUCCUUCAACUGUAACCAAGGAGGAACCGAAAGAAGAAUCAGAUGAAGAUAUGGGAUUUGGUCUUUUCGACUAA